AUCCGCAAAAAACUCAACCACAAACCAGCAGUCUGACGACGAUGGUGACUAUCACGGACGUCGGGGCGACGUACGUGCUGGUGCUGCUGCUCUUCCGCGCGCCGAUGGGCGACAUCCCAUGGACGCACACCUUCGUCCUGCGCUACUCGCUCGUGGCGGUCGCGACCCUCUUGCUCAUUCACGGCGCCUUUGGCACGAUCUCGGACGAGUACUACUACGGGCUCGAAAUCUUCAGCAUCUUCAACACGAUCUCCGCCUACAUCAUGAUCCUCCAAGGCAAGACGUACCAGGACGAGGACUUGACCGAGAAGGUCGCCAUCGUCACCGGCGCCAACGCCGGCAUCGGCCUCGAGAUUGCCCGCCAGCUCGCGCAAAUGGGCGCCCACGUCAUCUUUGCCUGUCGGUCCAAGGAGCGCGCCGAAGACGCGAUGAAGCAAGUCGCUGCGACCACAAGUUCAUCCAAGCUCGAGUUCAUGGCGCUCGACGUCGGCAGCUUGGCGUCAGUCCGAGCGUUCGCCGCCGAAUUUCUCAAGUCGGGGCGGACCCUCCACAUCCUCAUCAACAACGCGGGUGUGAACCACUACCGCCGCCACGAGACAGUGGAUGGCUUUGAGGCGAUGUUGGGCACCAACUUCCUCGGGCCGUUCCUUCUCACCAACCUCCUGCUUCCUGCUUUGCUUCGCGCCGACGACGGCCGCGUCGUGAACGUGGGCUCGUGCGUCAUGAAGUGGGCGACCAAGAUCCCGUUCGAGGACUUGAACACCAAGCACGACUACGGCACGGGCCAAGGCGUGUACAACUGGACCAAAUGGGCCAACUACCUCUUUUCCCAAGAGCUGCACCGCCGGUACGCCGACACGACGCUGACGAACAUGCACCCGUUCUUGAACACGUUGGCCCAUUGGUUCAACUGGCUGCGACCGUUCUUGCAGCAGACAGGCGAGCAAGGCGCGUACACGCCCGUGUUUGCUGCGACGUGCCGCCAUCUCACUGGCGGCCACUACCUUGCGCGGUCCGAGAUCGAAGAGCUGCCAGCACGCUUUGUGGACGCGGACUUGGCCAAGCGGCUCUGGGACGUGGCCUGUCCGCUGGUCGGUUUGCCCAAAGACUACUUUCCGACGCCGACGUUCGACUAA